AGUAAUAAUAAUAAUAAUAAAAAAAAUGCUGAUAACUCGCACGAUUUGCCCACUCGGUAUUGCGACGUCGUAUCACGAUUGUUCGGUUUUCACGUACUCUUUUCUUCUUUCGCCCUCUUUUUUUUUUUUCUUGACCAUAGCGACGAGAAUCGAACGCCGAGAACGGUUGUGGCAAUAGCGCGCACCGUUCUGAUACGACGACGCGAGUGUGCAGCAGCCCUGCAAUGGCGAGCGAAGUUCGUCGCCGUCGCCGUCGUCGCAGUUGUUGAAUAAUAAUCGAAAAAAAUAAUAAUCAAGUCCGAGGGGCCGUAACUGCCGCUGCCCAACGACGGCCUUGAAGCCGAAACCGUUCCCGGUCAUGGUGCUGUACACUCGUAAUCGGUUCACUUUCUCCUUUUCUCUUUCAUAACUGUGCGGUCGUCCCGAGCGCGCCGCGUCCAAUGCUACACCGCCGUCCGUCAUGAACACCGCACCAGCUACGAUCCGGCUGCUACGGCCCAGCACCAUGUUGACGAGGAACCAUGUAGCGGCCAUCGUCAGCUAUCGGCGGCCGUACGCCUCGUCGGCUGCCGCGGUGCACAACAGUCAGCAGAAGCCCGACUGGAACCGUGCUGUGUCCGAGGCCGAGAAGAUCGUCGGCUAUCCCACAUCCUUCCUCAGUCUGCGAUGGUUGCUCAGCGACGAGAUUGCAAACGUCGCGCUGCACCUGCGCAAGUUGGUCGGCUCCAAUCACCCGCUGCUGAAAACCGCCAAGGGCCUGUUGUACAACGGUAGGAAUAACAUGCAGGCAUGGGGUUUAAUUGUACUGCUCAUUUCUAAAGCGGCCGGUCAUCUGAAUGUCGAUGAAAUGGAAGAGGACAAGGCGGCCGGUGUUUUGCACAGUCAAAGAGCGCUGGCAGAGGUUACCGAAAUGAUUCGUACCAGUCAUCUUGUACACAAUGGUCUAGUCAACAUUUACCCUGGGCUUUAUCCUGAACCCGUUAUUCUCAAUGACAUGGCAUUUGGAAAUAAGAUUGCUUUACUCAGUGGUGAUUAUUUACUGAGCAACUCGUGCGCAGAACUUGCUUCUCUUAGAAACCAAGAUCUUGUCCAUUUAAUUAGUAGUGCUCUGCGUGAUCUGUCUGAGGCUGAAUUUGUGGGCAGAAGAGAUUCUCAAAAUAAUCCUCUACCUUCACCAUUUGAACCACUUAAUCGACAUUUUAAUUCAAAAUUACCUCUUGACCCUCUGGAAUCGUUAGAUUCUUUAGGUAGUAUGCCUUUGACACCAGCUCUACAAGACUGGACUAGACGUAAUGUUCUGUCAGCCGGCAGCCUACUGGGUAAAUCAUGUCAAGGCACAUUAGCUUUAGCUGGACAUGGAGUAGAAUUACAAAAACAAGGGUUUUUAUUUGGCAAACAUCUUUCCCUUGCAUGGCAGGCAUACUUAGAUUUAGAACCAUUUAUGUCUGGUUCACCAUAUUCACUGGGAAUCUCUUUCAACUUAACUUCAGCACCAGUUAUGUUUCAUCUUGAACAUGAUCCAUCGUUAUUUGAAGAAAUUGACAAAGGUGUAAAUUCUGUUAAAGAUGUUGACUAUGCUAAAAUACAUGGUAUUGUAAUGAAAGGACCAGGAAUUACUUAUACCAAACAGCUGCAAAAGGAGCAUUCUCAAAAAGCAAUGGAAGUGUUGGAAGUGUUUGAAGAAAGUGAUGCAAGAACAGCUUUGUCCAACAUUAUUGUUGCGAUGGGAGGCGAAUAAUGAAGCUUUAUGCUUAAUAUUUAAUGUUAUUUUUUCUACACCUUUUUAGAAAAAAAUAUUUAAUUUUAAACAUUGCUAUUGUUGUAACAUACAGGGUAUUUAUUCUGAUUAAUUUAGUUGAAAAUCUUGUGCUAUAUUAUGUCAUAUUGUCAUAGUGUAUUAAAUUGCUUUGUAAUUUAAAAUAGUUUCUGUACCAAAAAUCAUAUAGAAUUGUUAAUUGUUAUUUAGAGAAACUUAUUUUGUUAUCUAUUGAUGUAAAUUGUGCAAUUGUUGUAUUAUAUUUUGUAACAAUAAAAAAUAACAAUAUUUAUAUCAAA